AAUAUCCGCCGCAGUCGUCACCGCCACCACCAUCAUACAUGUCCGUCAAUAUCUCGGGUCAUACAGUCCGCGAAAUUUCGGUAUAAUUUCGUAUAAGCGCUUGACCGGUGGACAAGAAACUGCAUUAUAAUAUAUAACUAUAUGGACAUUUUUUUUAAAUAUAAAAAAAAAUCAUAAACCACUUUUGAAGCUUCCGCUGCCCUCAUACUCGAGAGCACAUGCAACAAUGAUUGGAGCCCGCUGUCGACGUUAAUAAUAUUAUUGUUAUUAUAAUAUUUCCGACGUCAGUGUGUCCGCGUCAACUCACCCGGUGUCAGACACUCAAACGUGACUCGCAUCGUCAUCAAGCUGUCGACGGACACCAGGAUCGCCGCCCGACCUAAAUGCACUCCGGGUAAUGCCGGUAAUAAUAUGCUCAGGGUAGACGACUGUGUGGUGUUGAGACGAGUAUCCAUGGGUGGUGGUGAAGAAAAUCCAGAGCCACCAACUGAAGUAGGAUGUCGUCGGACAAGCAAUGUACUUAAAAACGAACUUUUGUUACACGAAGCUGUUAUAAAAAAUGACCCAGAUGCCGUAAAAAGAGUAAUCAAAGAACCAUUAGAUGUAAACUCCCGAAAUAAUUAUGGCAGAGCUCCUAUCCACUGGGCAUCUUCCAGAGGAAAUACCGAAAUUAUGGAGAUGCUUAUAAAUGCAAAGUGUGAUAUUGAAGCCAAAGACAAAUACGGGAUGCGUCCGAUAUUAAUGGCCGCUUGGCAUGGCCACACGGAUGCUGUCCAGAUGCUUAUCAACUACGGAGCGAGUGUAAACACGAUAAAUAAGAAACAAUACACACUGCUGAUGUGCGCGGCGAGAAACAACCGUCUGUCGGUCGUCAACUUCCUGUUGGACACCAUCGAGGACGUCGGACUGGACGCGUUUGACACGGACCAUCAGACGGCACUGCAUCACGCGGCGAUCGCAGGACACACGCACGUGGUGAGGAGGCUAGUGCACGCCGGAGCCAACACGAGCACCACGAACAAGCAAGGGCGAACACCACUGCAUUCCGCCUGCGAAAAGGGCCACGUCGACGUGGUCGACUUUUUACUCGGGCACGGCGCAGACAUGCUGGCGAAGGACGAAGAACAGAACAGUCCGCUGCACGUGGCCGUCGAAAACAAACAAACGCUCGUUGUGCAAAUGUUAUUGGAAGCGGGAAAUCCGACGAACUUGGAAAAUAGCAAAGGACUGACUGCGUUGCACAUAGCCAGCAGCCACGGAUGUCGGGGAAUAGUGGAAAUGUUAUUAUCAGCCGAUUGUGACAUCGAUAGACAGAGCAAAAACGGAAACACGCCUUUGCACAUGGCAUGUUUGUCCAACAAUGUCGUGAUCGCGGAAAUACUGAUCGCCAAAGGCGCCGAUCUCAAUGCCUUGAACACGAGAUUGCAGUCACCAAUUCAUAUAGCGGCCGAACAGGGAUAUUCGGAAAUCUGUAAGCUACUUCUGAGUGCCGGCGCCAAUAUCGAACAACGCGAACAGGGAGGCAAAACGCCGUUAUACAUAGCAGCUAGAGGAAGUUUCACUGCCAUCGUGGACAUGAUUAUAAAAACCGCUCGUUUAGAGUACACACCCAAGAAACGAACUAGACCGAAAACGCCUGAAGAACGAAGGAAAUGGAAGUGCAAUCCAGACUUGGACGUUUCGAUAGCGCUGCAAGAGACUGAUGAAAAUUUAGAAAUCAUAUUACGAAAAUUAUCCCACAAACAGCUCAGUCCUGGUGAAUGGAAAAAAUUGGCUCAUUUAUGGGCGUUCACUGACGAACAGAUCAAAGCGAUCGAACACCAGUAUAUAGGUCCAUCCAGUUACAAACAACACGGUUAUAGAGUGUUGAGAAUUUGGGUCGAUAGUCUGGGCCCUGAUCUUGACCCCAUAGAAGAACUCAUCGAUAGUCUCAAUACGAUCGAAAAAAAUACGCUAGCAGAUGCAAUCUGCAAGAAGUUAAUGCGGCAGAAGGAAAAAAGUGAGAAAAAACCCGACGACAAAACCUGUGUAGUUUCUUGAACACACGUCACGUAUUAUUAUUGUUGUUGAUUUUCAGUUUUUUAUUUGUUUAUGUUUCCCCAAACGACUUUAUGAACAAUAACAGUGGACCCACAAUUUUUAAAUUGCCCGACGUUUAUAAUAUUUCAGCUCGGGUGUUACAUUAUAUUUGUACCUAUGUUAUUAUUUAUUAUACUGUUCACUCGAUUGUAUAGUUUUAUCUCCAACUUUUGGUUAAACUGAUAAUUAUUACUUAUAUUUUGUAUGAUAAUAUAAUAUGUAAUACAAGCAUAUGUGCCACGAUUUACAACGAACUGGUGAAAAACAUAUUAGUAAUUGUAUGCACAUUAAUUCCAUUUAAAUGAUAACAAUACCGUUGUUGGAAUACUAUAUUAUAAUAAUUAUGGUAUUUGACGUUUUCAAAAAUACUUUUCAGACUUAAGUUGCUCAAUCAUUUUGUGCGAAAAUCUAUUAUAUUAUCUAUAAUUAUGUUAACUAUCGUUCCCCACAUAAAUUUGUAUAUGAUAUAGCCAGUUAAAUAUAAACUCAACGAAGAGCUCCAAAAUUCUGGUGGCAAUUGUGGAGGUAAUGAUGUUUGUCACUCGUAUCGCCUGUUCGUUUCGGAUUUCUAUCUAGCUGUUGCGAGGAAGAACUGUGUUGAUAAUAAAUUGUGUGCUACUAAUUACGAUUCUCUGGUAUCAAUAGAAAACCAACGUUUAAUGAGAGUCCAUAUGCGCCAUGUAGGUGGGUGCCCAAAUAUAUAGAGUACGUAUAGUAUAACUGAGAGUACUUAUCGACAUUUUUUUUAGCUGAGCAAUCUAUAAACAUUGUGAUAAGAUUUUGUUAAUGACUAAGUAAUAAUUUUCUUAAAAAAAAAAGUUUUUUAUUUAGCAAAAUGUAAUAAAUCGAUGAAUAAUAAUAUUAAUAUGGAUAAAACAGCAAACAAUUAAUAUAUAAAGCAAUUGUCAGUUUUAGUAUUGUUGAUUAUAAUUCAGAUGUAUCUGAACUGUUUUUAGAGAUUUUCGAUACAGUAGUGAAUAAAUUAACUAAUUUAUCUGAUUGUUUGAAUUGAAUUCUGAUGUUCGAACUCAAAAACAAACUGCUAUGUUCAGUGUUAUGACGGAUAUUCAAACAGCCCAGAUAAGGAUAUUUUCCAAAGUGACAAUAAUAUCACUAUCAUUAAGAAUUGAUAGUAAUAAAGCCUUUACAGUUUUCACACAAUUUUUUAAUGUUGAGGGGGGGGGGGGGCUUUUUACUAAAAAAUUCCAAUGAUUUUUUCAAUUCUUGGCGCUUAUGGAUGAGAGUAUGUCCAUCAUGUUAUGUAUUAUAUUAAUAAUAUAGUUUUGACGAUUUUAUUAAGUCGCAUUGUGAUGACGUAUACUGUGUGGAAAACGUCACUUGCCCACGACUGCCACAUGAGGAAAUUUGAUUUUGAUCUAUAGUGAAGUGAUUUGUUAUUUAAAAAAAACUAACUUUAAAACCAAAAAGGUGAUAAAACUGAUUUUCAGAAAAAAACACGAUACAAUUGAACAAGGUCCAGAAAUGUGACAAGUGUUAUAUAUAUUUUGUCGUUACAAUUUUGGCGGCGUUGGCAACUCUUAUACAAUAGCCUCCUUGAAUCUAUAGUAUACGCCGACCUCACUGCUGGUGCACACCGCGUCAAAAAUUUUUUUAUUUAAUACGAACUCACUAUUAUUGCUUGGAACUGUGGCUAUUGACUUGUAACCAGCUACUGCAUGACACAAUACCCACCUACAUUGUAUUCUUGUAACACGAAACUUACAACCAGUCAUAACUAAUCGAGUAACUUGCUCAUCCCUGAUUGUACAUCAGAAAAUAUAAUAUGAACGAAAACAUCUUUCAAACACUGAUAAAGUUUUAAUUGUCACAUUUCGUUUCAUGUUAAAUAAAUUAUGUUGCAAUGUUGCACGUGAUAUCGUACUCAAUCGUAUUAGUUUUUUAGGACGGUGGUUAGGUCUUUUGGAACUUAGAGUGUGCUCGAUCGAAAAGGUAAAACGUGCUCAAUCGUUUGAUACCCACGUUAUUACACCAUGUGAUGUUAUUAUGUUAUCGAGCAUCUCUAAUAUGUAGGUACUCGGUAUAUUAUUAUAAAUUAUUACUAUAGCAUAGCGGCCGUUCUCAUUAAUACCUACCCGUACGUCUGUAUAAUAUUCAAAAUAAAUCAUGACGUAAAAUAAUUAAUUUUUCACUGCGGUGAAGGUCGAAAACGAUUUAUCACUAAUUCGAUUCGUAUUGGGGACGUCGUAAUAGUAAUAAUAUGUAGAUGCCUAUUCCGGGAACACGUGACGUGCACGCAUAAUAGUAUUAGAAUAUUAUACAUAGGUAGUGGUAAUGAUUUUAAAUACUAGUAGGUAGGUACUAUACUUUUUGUAUGGUAUUUAUAAGCAAUGGUAGUAGGUACCUGUUGUAGUUAUAAUACUGUCGAAUUAAAAUCCACAGCGAAUUAUGCGUGUUUUACAUAAUACUUAGUAAUGGUACACGUCUUUUCGAUCGCUGCAUACAUUUAUCAUACUAAUAUUAUUACCCAUAAUAUAAUGGCCACGAUGCAAUAGACGCCACUACGCCAGUAUUGGUGAUAAAACUUUAUAUUUUUAUAAUCAUUGGCUACUAUUUUUUCAAAAUCGAAAACCUACUAUAAUCAAAAGUAGGUUCCCAUCUGUGUAUCAGAAUAUUCCCAAAAGCUUAUAAUAUUUAUUGAGAAUGUUCAUCAUUAUAUUUUUGUGGAAUAUAUUGGUCUUAUAUACUCGUAUAUUAUACGUAAUUAGUCCGGUGUUACAGUACUUACUAUUACCUACUGAGAAUAUUUGUAGUUUAAAUUAAGUUUGUUUUGUUUCAUUUCAAUAAACGAGUCUUGAAAGUUAAUAGCAGUGAAGUGUAGGUUGGUUAAAAAAGUUGUGACCUGCAAAGACUUUCAGUGGUAGACCCAUAAAAGAUGGCAAUUUAGUGAAUUUGAAAUGUCGUCACUUAUCCAAAUGAUAAAUUUGUGAUUAAUUAUA